AUGUCUAGUGAAAGCCUUCUCGCUUGUGCUGCUGAGAAACCAAAGCCUUGUCGAGAAAGCCUAGUCUCAAAGGGAAUGCCGACUCGUAAACUCGAAAUCACGGCCAUAUCGGCGGAGGGACUCCUCGAGGGUAGAAAGCCGGUGAAGAAGAACGCGUUCGUAGCCUUCGAGAUCGCUGGGAAUCACUGCAGCGGGGCGAUAAGAACGAGGAUCGACGAGGUCGGCGGGGAUUAUCCGGCGUGGGAAGAUAAGCUAGAGAUGGAGUUUUCGUUACCGGAGGAGAAGAAGGAUAAAGAGAGUUUCUUGUACGUCGGUGUUUAUUGCCAGCUGGUCUCAGGGAAGGAUAAGCACGUGGGAACGGCACGUGUGCCGAUAAAGGAUUUUACGGGAGGAUAUGCGCCGGAGGGUUUCUUGCAUUGUUUGAGUUACAGGUUGUGGGACGAGUACGGGAAAAGGAACGGUAUUGUCAAUUUCUCGGCGAGGAUCGUGAAGGCCGGUCUGCAUUCGUUUUGGUUAAGGUAG